CUAUCUUGAAACAUUCAAAACGUUUUCAUAAAACAAAUUGUUGUGUAAUCCGUCUCGUAAAUGAUAAUCACUCACCUUCUGACCGCAAAUAUAUGUGUUUUGGUAAGGAAAUACUUGUACUGAGUGGAAAUGGGUUGGCAACAAGAAAUGCAACAAAAACACAAAACAAAAUCAGAAGGAAAUAGAGGUCUUUUAAACAGCACGUUGAGAGUUGCAGUCGCUACCGAUCGAGCUCUUGAUGGACAAUGCUUCUUGUGUUUCCGGGUCUCACUAAUGGUAGAAGGCUCCUUCAACAUCUACUUCAAGCUGUUCUGAUUCUGUUCCUUUUCCAGCAAAGAGCUGCCGAUUCUGACGUUAUUCGUUGCGGAGAAGAGGAAAAAGAAGCGCUACUCGUAUUCAGACGAGGCCUGAUUGAUAGAUUUGGCACUCUCUCUUCUUGGGGAAGUAAAGAUAAAAUAGAUUGCUGUGAAUGGACAGGAGUCCUAUGUCUUCAAACAGGCCAUGUGUAUGGACUCCAGCUCAACUUUCGCAUACUUGGUGGAGCGCCAUUGAUAGGUACCAUUAAUGCUUCUUUACUUCAUAAAGUGCAUCAUUUCCGCUUUUUAGACCUCAGUUACAAUAAUUUUAGUGGGUGCCCAAUUCCUGAGUUCCUUGAUUCUGUCAAAAACUUGGAGACCCUCAGUCUCUCCCACGCUGGUUUUGAAGGACCAAUUCCCCACCGGCUUGGAAACCUUUCCAGGCUGCAACUUCUUGAUCUCAGUGGUAAUAAUGGUUUAUAUAACAUUGGGAACAUUGAAUGGAUUUCUCAUCUUUCUUCUUUAAGAUAUCUUGACUUAAGUGGCUGCGAUCUGCCAGGAGCAAAUGAUUGGUUUCAGGUCAUUAACAAGCUCCCAUUGCUGAAUGAACUUCGGCUAGUUUGGUGUAAUCUUCCACUGAUUACGUCUUGGAAUCCCCUGAAAGUCAAUGCUACGGCAUCAUUUUUGACCCUUGAUCUAACUGGAAACCAUGUAACUAAUUCAAUUUAUCCAUGGUUGUUCAAUGUCAGUAGGAAUCUUCACGAAUUUAAUCUCAAUUUUAACCUUUUAAAAGGUGAGAUUCCUGAAGAAUUGGGACAUUACAUGGUUUCUCUUACUGGUCUCUUUCUUAAGUCCAAUGAACUAGAAGGUGGGUUUCCAAAGUCUAUUGGAAAUACGAGUUGCUUGCAUGCCAUAGACUUGUCUUCCAAUAAUAUGAUCGGACAACUCUCUGGAUUCUUUCAAAAUAUAUCUGGUGGAUGCACAGAGAAGAAGCUGGAGUUUUUGUAUUUAUGGGGUAACAAAAUCACUGGAUCAGUGCCUGAUUUUACAAGAUUUUCAUCUUUAAAAGAACUAGGACUUGGACAAAAUGGGUUAAACGGAACCAUUUCCAAAAGCAUCGGACAGAUGGUCAAUCUUGAAUCCUUAGAUCUUGGUGACAACUCCUUGAAUGGUGUCAUUUCUGAAGAUUUUUUCUUAAAUCUCUCCAAAUUAGAUAAUUUAGACUUAUCUCAUAACUCUCUUGUUUUGGAACUGAGCGAUGACUGGGUUCCUCCUUUUAAAUUAAUUCUUUCUCUAUCUCUCGCCUCUUGCAAAAUGGGGCCUCAAUUUCCAAAAUGGAUCAGAAAUUUGGAAGUCUCUGGUCAGUUUGUUGCUCUACUUGAUAUCUCCAAUACUGGUAUCUCAGAUACAAUUCCUGAUUGGAUUUGGGAUAUAUUCGAAACCAUAGGCUAUUUCAACAUCUCAAACAACCAUUUCAAGGGAAAUCUUCCAGAUUUUUCUUUACUUGAUAAAUUGCCGUAUGCCCAGAUAGAUAUGAGCUCAAACCGUCUUGGCGGACCACUUUUGUCACUUCCAUCGGGUGCAUCUUACAUUAAUCUUUCGGGAAAUAAUUUUUCAGGACCAGUCUCUUUCAUAUGUUCUGCUGACGUAGAAAAUUUGACCUAUCUUGACCUCUCUAAUAACCAACUAUCAGGAGUGCUUCCGCAUUGUUGGGCAAAAUUCGAAAGGUUGCUUGUUCUCAACAUGGCACAUAAUGGCCUCUCUGGAAAAAUUCCACCGUCGAUGGGCUUGCUGCAUGAUCUUCUAACAUUACGAUUGAGCAAUAAUAAUUUCUCUGGAGACAUACCAACUUUCAGCAACUUCACCAGGUUGAGAAUUUUAGAUCUUCAGGGUAAUGUAUUGUCCGGAAAGAUACCUGGAUGGAUAGGGGAGAGUCUUCCAAGUUUGCUAAUUCUUAGUCUGGGAUCUAACAGACUCAAUGGGAAUAUACCUUUGCAGUUGUGCCAUUUAGCAAAUAUUCAAAUUUUAGACAUUUCCUUGAACAAUAUUUCCGGAAGUAUACCCAAUUGUUUCAACAAUUUCACAACUUUGUCUGAGGAAAGGAGUUCCCAUGUUGCCAUAACUUAUGAAUAUGAUAACUACUGGUAUGGAGGUGUUCAUAAAUAUAUCGACAGCUUAUGGUUGACAUGGAAAGGAAGUAAAUAUGAGUACACAUAUACUCUGGGGUUAGUUAAGAGCCUUGACCUUUCCUCCAAUAAAAUGAGUGGAGCAGUUCCCGAAGAGAUUAUGAAACUAGUGGGAUUGAUUGCCUUGAAUCUUUCUAGGAACAAUUUCAGUGGACCAAUUAGUCCCAAGAUUGGUCAGUUAAAAUCAUUGGAUUUCCUUGAUCUAUCGAGAAAUCAAUUUUUUGGUGAAAUUCCAUCAAGCCUUUCUCAAAUAAGUGGCCUCGGUGUAAUGGAUUUGUCAUACAAUAAUUUUUCAGGGAAAAUUCCAACGGGCACUCAACUUCAGAGUUUCAAUGCCUCAGUGUAUGAAGGGAAUCCUGGAUUGUGUGGCCUCCCACUCCCAAAAGAAUGUCCUGGAGAAGAACCAGCCCAAGCUCCAUCUACUAAGAAAGGCAAAAUUCCAGAAGAUGAGUUUAUAAGGCUUGGGUUUUAUGUAAGUUUAAGCCUUGGUUUCAUUGCAGGGUUCUGGGGAGUCUGUGGCAGUCUAGUGCUUUGUCAGUCAUGGAGACGUGCCUAUUUCAAGUUCUUGGGUGAUAUGAAAGAUAGGAUGUACGUGACAGCAGCAAUAAAUUUGGCCAAACUGAAGCAAAGGUUCAAUAACUAAAUGAAUUGCCUUCAGUGAAGGUUUUAUGGUCCUAAGUAGUGAUGCCAAACACUUGUUCAGUUUUCGACCCCGUUUCUUUUUAUCCGGCUAAUGGGUCUUGUUUUCUCCGAUUUUACCAGUUGGUGAUGGUGCAGAUGUGCCAUGUUAAUACCUUUUGCUGGUUUCAGCAUAAAUUGUGUGUAAUAUUUAAACACAGAUAUUGUAUGAUGCUGGGAGGAUUGCAUUGUAUGUUUGUAGAAAGAGCAGUUACAUGCUGGGCGUUUGAAUGUUUAAUGCUACAUAACUGCUUUCUUUC